AUGAUCACGGACUUUGAAAAUUUAAGGAAUACGUAUGCUGAAAAAAAAAUGCGUCAUCGUUUUAAGCCUUUUAUAUGGAAUUUUGGUUUCAACCCCAGGAAAAACGCUGAACAAAAGUUUAAGGAAUGUAUCCUUAAAUUUAAUAAAGUGCUUGACAAGGAGCUGCAAGACUUUAUUGCUGAAGAGUUCGUAAAUGACAACUAUUUACAGUCUGUUUACAGCUAUUUAGAGCUUAAAACAAGCUUGGCACGCUUACAACUGUCAGGCGUUCUCUUUGAAUAUAAAUACAUACUUGCCUCUACCUUCUUUAUAGGCGUUCUCUUUGAAUAUAAAUACAUACUUGCCUCUACCUUCUUUAUAGGCGUUCUCUUUGAAUGCGGACUAAAGAAGGUAUUCUGGGACUCAUCAAAAUGGGCUCCUCAAGCCAGUUGCAAGGAGAAUUAAAAAGGGAAUCCACCUUCAACUGUUUCGUGUUGAUUUCUAGAAAACAGAGUAUUUGAUAGUCCUGACCAUAUUUGUAUACAUACAACAUAGCCAGACAUGAUACUGUCCCAUUUGUACUGCAUUUCCCACCUCAUUUUCCAAUAAAUGAUUAAUUUUUUUCAAAGUCAGACGCUAAUUUUUCCAAAUGUGGUUGAUAAUUUUUCCAAAAGGCUACAGCUAAU